AUGGCUUCCCCCAGCCUGAGGCACUCAGCUGCCCCAGUUGGGACGCCAGGCUCAAAUGGCGCUACGACACCAUUACACUCAUUCUCCAAACCUGAAUCACCUGCGCCAUCUGUCCUGAAGGCUCCGACUCCCGCUGCUAGUACACCAAGCCGCGCCGCCGAACUCAUGUCGUUUUCCAACAUCCUAUCGAGCUCGGACCCUGUCCCCAAAGCCAAACCAAAGUCUUCUACCCUAGAGAGAUUGGUCAAGGAAAUCAAGGUUGAAAAGGCUGAUAAACCCGAGAGAGCUGAGAAGAUAGACAAGCGGGAGAAGCCUGGCCGCAAAGCCAAGUCUCGCAUCUCCGAUGUCAAAUCUGCCGAGCCAACUCCGAAGAGCAGCUCACGCCGAGUGUCCUCUCACAAAGAGGCGGCAGCGCAAGCUCGGGUUCCUGCCAAGAGACAGGCAAAUGGUCAGCCCAAGCAGAAGAUGUUCUCAGCUGAUAAGGAGAAGAAAAUCAAAGAGCUGAUGGAUCAGUUCGACAACCAGUCCACAGACGUUGAGGAGGGAGAUGUUGAUGAGGAGGAGGCUUGGAAGCUGCGCGCUCGCAAGCGACGGUCCGAUAUGGAACUUCGUGAUACGAAGCAUCGCAGCUCAAGGCGCAAUAACUUCACCGAAGAGACUGUUAAAAACCUCGGCUCGCACACAGAUAUGGGCAAGCGACGGUACGAUGAGAUGUACUACGACGAAGCUCUCCAAGAAGUGCGAGAACAAGAACUUUUUGCAGAGAAGGAACGCAAGAAGGAUAUGCAGCGCAAGCGUCGCCGAGAGAAGUCUAUGGCUGUUACCAUGGAGCAGAAGGAGGCUGCCCUUGCCAAGGCCCGUGAAGCUCAAGACGAGAAUGAGCGCCAAAAGCAUCUCCGCGAAGCCGAACGCGCCAACAAGAAGGCACAGCAGACCAAACUCAUCCUUCAGAAAGGUCUCAAGGGCCCUUCGCGAAACAUCGCACCCCUGGAACUCAACCUCGAAGGCGGCACCAUGGCUACAUUUCAAGCAACAGACAUGGAACCUGGCAAAGGGAAGGGCAAGGGCCGUACCGGUGCACGGCCCAAGAAGUCCAAGGAGCAGAAGCAGGCCGAAAAGGACAGUGCCGAAGCUGCUCAAGCGGCUAUUGAUGCUGGCGAGGAGCCUCCUACCAGGGACGAGAACCCCAAGAUUCGCAUCAAGCUUAACAAAUCCAAGCUCCACAAGGAGGACUCGACAAAGGACAGAGACUCUCACGAGCCAGGCGAAGGCAAGGAGAAAGAGAAGGUCGUCGAGGAGCCCAAGAAUCCUCUGGAAACCAAGUUCCAAUCUAAGGGCUACAAUCAGAUCUACGACCAGAUUUUCCGCGACCUUGCUCGUAAGGAUGUCAACAAGGUCUAUAAACUUGCCAGCGAUUCAUACGCCACCAAGGCUUCCAACCUCAAGAAGACAGCCAUUCUCGCCUCCAAAGAGGCCAAGCGUUGGCAGCUGCGCACCAACAAGGGAACAAAGGAUCUUCAAGCGCGAGCCAAGCGUGUUAUGCGUGACAUGAUGGGCUUCUGGAAGCGCAACGAGCGUGAGGAACGUGAUCUUCGGAAAGCGGCUGAGAAGCAAGAACUCGAGAAUGCCCGCCGAGAAGAGGCCGAUCGUGAAGCCGCUCGACAGAAGAGAAAGCUCAACUUCCUUAUCUCCCAGACGGAGUUGUACUCGCAUUUCAUUGGCAAGAAGAUCAAGACUCACGAAGUCGAGCGCAGCACGGACAACCCAGAUAUCGCGACCGAGGACAAGGCUCCUGAUCCGAACCACAUCAAGGUUGCCGAAUCGUCUGGCCCUGCCGGUGCCAAGGUCACGAACUUUGAGAAUCUCACUUUCGAGGAGGAAGAUGAGGCCCAGCUUGAGGCUAUCGCCAGAGCUAACGCAGAGAAUGCUAUUGCCGAGGCUCAACAAAAGGCUCGUGACUUCAACAAGGAUGCCGAGCUGGACGAAGAAGGCGAGAUGAACUUCCAAAACCCAACAGGCAUGGGUGAUGUGGAGAUUGAGCAGCCGAAGCUUCUCAACGCUCAGCUCAAAGAAUACCAGCUCAAGGGUCUUAACUGGUUGGUCAAUUUGUAUGAGCAAGGAAUCAACGGUAUUCUCGCAGACGAGAUGGGUCUCGGCAAGACUGUGCAGUCUAUUUCCGUCAUGGCUUAUCUCGCAGAGAAGUAUGACAUUUGGGGCCCAUUCCUUGUCGUCGCACCGGCGUCGACGCUCCACAAUUGGGAACAAGAAAUCAGGAAGUUUGUUCCCGAAUUCAAGAUCUUGCCUUACUGGGGCAGUGCUGGAGACCGAAAGACGCUUCGAAGAUUUUGGGACCGCAGACAUGGUACGUAUAAGAAGGAUGCACCCUUCCAUGUUAUGAUCACGUCGUAUCAGCUUGUGGUCUCGGACGUCAGCUAUUUCCAAAAGAUGAAAUGGCAGUACAUGAUACUCGACGAAGCUCAAGCCAUCAAGAGCUCUCAAAGUUCGCGUUGGAAGUGCCUAUUAGGCUUCCAUUGCCGAAACAGACUGCUUCUCACGGGUACUCCCAUCCAAAACAACAUGCAAGAGUUGUGGGCAUUGUUGCAUUUCAUCAUGCCGUCUCUGUUCGACUCCCACGACGAGUUCAGUGAAUGGUUUUCGAAGGACAUCGAAUCUCAUGCUCAAAGUAAUACCAAGCUUAACGAGGAUCAACUCAAGCGUCUUCACAUGAUUCUCAAACCUUUCAUGCUGCGUCGUGUCAAGAAGCAUGUGCAGAAGGAGCUUGGUGACAAGAUUGAGAUGGACGUUUUCUGUGAUCUGACCUAUCGCCAGCGUGCGUACUACAGCAAUUUGAGGAACCAGAUUAGUAUCAUGGACCUCAUUGAGAAAGCUACCACGGGUGAUGACACCGACUCUGGCACUCUCAUGAACCUUGUCAUGCAGUUCCGUAAGGUCUGCAAUCAUCCUGACUUGUUCGAGCGGGCCGAUACCACCUCACCCUUGUCGCUUGGGUACUUUGCUGAAACGGCGUCGUUCGCUCGUGAAGGCAACAACGUUCCCGUUGGGUACUCUACUCGCAACUUGAUUCAGUACGAGCUUCCAAGACUUGUCUGGGGAGAUGGAGGCCGGCUGAACAAGGCCGGCUUGGACAAUGAGAAGGCUGGUUUCCGCAACAAGUACCUCAAUGAGUUGAUGAACAUCUGGAACCCGGAAAAUGUUCGAAGCAAGUUGAGCGACACUGACACCUUCUCAUUCCUGAGAUUCGCCGACACUAGUGUUGGCGAGGCCUACAAGGCCAGCCACCAGGAUAUCUUCACUCGGGCUACUGAGCUUGCAACCAAGAAGAACCGCCUCGGUCUUAUGAACGUUGCUUAUGAUGAGCCAGGCGAAGAGAACUUCACACCAGCUCAUGCCCUGUUUAAGAUUCGAGAGCGGGCUGAUCGCAAGCCACUCGCCGACAUCACCAGUGAAGGCGUCUUAAACAAUCUGAUGAACGUGUCCCGACUUGCCUACGAUGAUACUGGCCUUGGUCGCCUUGAGCAGGCUGGCCGCCCUGGCGCCACAGCUCCUCCUAUCGAGGUACUCUGCAAUAACCGUGCCUCCAACAUCGAGCGACAGGAGACGUUCUUCAAUGUGCCAAUGCGCAGAGCCCUGUAUGGACCAAACCUGAUUGAGGAGAAGGCUUUGGUUGCUCAAAAGGUUCCCGUGGAGAGAUAUCCGCUACCCAAGCUGCUGCCCGCCCCGGACAAUGAGAAGACACGCUUCACCAACAUCGAGGUUCCCUCUAUGCGUCGCUUCGUCACAGAUUCAGGCAAAUUGGCGAAAUUGGAUGAGCUCCUCUUCAAGCUCAAGGAGGAAGGUCACCGUGUCCUUCUUUACUUCCAGAUGACACGCAUGAUCGACUUGAUGGAGGAAUAUCUCACAUACCGCAACUACAAAUUCUGCCGUCUUGAUGGAUCUACGAAGCUUGAGGAUCGUAGAGACACGGUCCAUGACUUCCAGACUCGUCCCGAGAUCUUCAUCUUCCUCUUGUCUACACGUGCUGGUGGUCUGGGUAUUAAUCUAACAUCUGCCGACACUGUCAUCUUCUACGAUUCUGAUUGGAAUCCUACGAUAGAUUCGCAGGCCAUGGACCGAGCUCAUCGUCUUGGUCAGACAAGACAGGUCACGGUUUACAGAUUGAUCACCAAGGGCACCAUCGAGGAGCGCAUUCGCAAACGUGCUCUGCAGAAGGAAGAAGUGCAGCGAGUCGUUAUCCAGGGUGGUGGCACUGGUGCUGGUGUCGACUUCUCUGGCCGUGGCGCUCGUGGCCCAGAGAAUCGCAACAAGGACAUUGCCAUGUGGCUUGCUGACGAUGAUGAUGCUGUGGAGAAGAUGAUUGAGCGUCGCGAGCAGGAGUUGCAAGCAAGCGGCGAGCUGGAAAAGAAGAAGCGUGGCGGCAAGCGUAAGCGAGGAGGUGAUCCCGCUGCUGCGGCCGCCGGUGUCAGCUUGGACGAAAUGUAUCACGAGGGCGAGGGUCACUUUGAUGACAACAAGGCUUCGGGCACGGCUACGCCGGUUGAGGACCCCCGAGCCGGCAAGCGCAAGCGUGUUAGCAAGAAGGCCAAGACGGCUAAGCAACGUCUUGCUAUUGCGGACGGCGAGGUUGAUGCCUGA